AAGUCUCCUGUGGUAGAGGAAGAUGAUGUUGUGGGCUUUGACGAGGAGGUGAGAAAGAUAAUCAACCGUCUUUUUGAAGGAUCAGAUAGUCUAGAGGUUGUUCCAAUUGUUGGUAUGCCCGGGCUUGGUAAAACGACAUUAGCAAAUCAGGUUUACAAGCAUCCUGAAGUUGUAUAUGAAUUCUAUACUCGCAUUUGGGUUUACGUUUCUCAGACAUAUAGAAGAAGAGAAUUAUUUCUCAACAUCAUCAGUAAGUUCACCCGAAACACCAAACAAUAUCAUGAUAGUCCUGAGGAAGAUUUAGCGGACGAAAUACGAGAGUUUUUGGGGAAGAGUGGAAAAUAUCUGAUUGUCUUGGAUGAUGUAUGGUCUGGCGAAGCUUGGGACCGUAUCAGGAUUGCUUUUCCGGCAACCAAUAAAGGUAACAGAGUAUUGUUGACGACUCGAGAUAGCAAAGUUGCUAAAUACUGCAGUCAUAUCCCUCAUGAUCUAAAAUUUUUGACUGUGGAUGAAAGUUGGAUUUUGCUACAGAAAAAGGUUUUUUACAAGGAUAAAUGUCCUGUUAAAUUGGAACAACCUGGAAAGAGCAUAGCUGAAAAGUGUAGGGGACUACCCAUUGCAAUAGUGGUGAUUGCAGGAGCUCUAAUCGGAAAAGAUAAGACAACAAGGGAGUGGGAACAAGUCGAUAAGAAUUUGAGUGAGCACGUCAUAAAUGUAGACUCAAUGAGCUGUAAGAAAUUGGUGCAAAUGAGUUAUGACAACUUGCCUUAUGACUUGAAAGCAUGUUUUUUAUAUUGUGCAGUAUUUCCAGGAGGCUUAGAGAUACCUUCUUGGAAGUUAAUCCGUCUGUGGAUCGCGGAAGGAUUCAUACAGUAUAAAAGCGACUUAUCUCUUGAACGUAAAGCAGAGGAAAACUUGAAUGAUCUCGUCAAUAGGAAUCUAGUGAUGGUAAUGCAAAUAACGUCUGAUGGCCACAUCAAAACAUGCCGUGUUCAUGACAUGUUGCAUGAGUUCUGUAGACAAGAGGCUGUGAAGGAGGAAAAUCUUUUCCAAGAAAUAAAACUAGGUGCUGAGCAAUAUUUUCCUGGAAAGCGGGAAUUAUCCACCUACCGUCGCUUAUGCAUUCAUUCCUCAGUUUUGGAUUUUAUCAGUACAAAACCCGCAGGUGAACAUGUUAGGUCAUUCUUAUCCUUUUCUUCAAAACAAAUUGAGUUGCCAUCUGUCAACAUCCCAACCAUACCAAAAGGCUUUCCGUUGCUAAGGGUUUUGGAUGUUGAAUCCAUCAACUUUAGUCGCUUUUCCAGGGAGUUUUUCCAGUUAUAUCAUUUGAGGUAUAUUGCUAUCUCAUCUGACACGAUCAAGGUCCUUCCUAAACUUAUUGGAGAACUUUGGAACAUCCAAACCCUCAUAAUUAACACGCAACAACGCUGUCUUGUUAUUCAAGCAAACAUAUGGAAUAUGGCACGACUAAGGCAUCUGCACACUAACUCUUCUGCUAAGUUGCCUGUGCCUAUUGCCCGAAAAAGUAGUAAAGUUACUUUGGUAAAUCAAAGCCUGCAAACUCUCUCCACAAUUGCUCCUGAAAGCUGCACAGAAGAAGUGUUUGCAAGGGCUCCAAACCUGAAAAAGCUGGGCAUUCGUGGGAAAAUAGCUGUGCUUCUUGAGCCAAAUACAUCUACAUCGUUAAAAAAUGUGAAGAAGCUAGAAUACCUUGAAAGCUUGAAGCUGAUAAAUGAUAGUAUUCAAACAGGAAAAGAGUUGCACCUUCCACCUGCAUAUAUAUUUCCAACAAAGUUGAGGAAGCUGACUUUAUUGGACACCUGGUUGGGGUGGAAUGAUAUGUCUGUAUUGGGGCAGUUGGAACACCUUGAAGUCCUGAAGCUCAAAGAAAAUGGGUUUAUAGGAGAGUGCUGGGAGCCAAAAGUUGGAGGUUUUUCUUCGCUACUGGUGUUGUGGAUUGAAAGGACAAACUUAGUUUCUUGGAACGCAUCAGCUGAUCAAUUUCCAAGACUUAAGCGUCUUGUUCUCAUCUCCUGUGAUAGGCUUAAGGAAAUUCCCAUUGGUCUGGCUGAUAUACGCAGCCUCCAAACGGUAGAGUUGUACAAUUCCACCAAAACAGCAGCAAUAUCUGCCCGGGAACUACAAUACAAAAAGGACAAGCAACCUCAAGGGACCGAGAAGACUGGGUUCAAACUUUCUAUAUUCCCUCCUGAUCUGUGAUUGCAACUGGAUGUACAGCUUUCUUGAGAGGUCUUCUUUGAUGUAUACCACAUUGCAUCGACUUUGGACAAAAUACAACUCUCUCAGGAGGGACUUCGUUGGUUUUUACUCUGAAGCCUGCUGCAUCUUGUAUAUUCUAAUUUGAUAAGUUUCAUAAUAAAACCAGAUUAUUUCUCGUUAUCCUUCAUACGUGGAAAGAGUAAACCGAAAGCAGAGUGUUUCUGUAAUUCUUGAGCUGCUUUUGUCUUUCUCAUGCCGUUCGUGUAUAGUCUUGUCGAUUGUGACCCCGUGUUCGAAUUUGAAAUUGGAUGUCUAUUGUCGUAUGUUAAUCCAUUAGGGCUACAUUGGUUUUCUUAGAUAAGAAAUUUAAUUGUGUAGCCCUUGGCUUCACAAUGAAAUUUACGAGGUAGCCUGCAAUGUGGUUAAGUUAUUUGGUAAUGGGCUGUAUCUCACAAUAUUAUCCUUUGUAAUACAAGUAUUAUCUUAUUUUA